AUGCAAACACCCAACUCAGGGUCAUCGAUGCGGAUUAACAAACUGAAAAUUGUGGGCAGUGGUCAGAAUUGGGCAGUUGCUCCGUGUGAACCAUUUUAUUUGAUGGGCACCGAACCCCCAGCUCCAGAUGCCGCAUUGACGGGGGCGAAAAAUCUAAUUGAGCACUAUGGCUUGGCUAAUUCCUAUCAGAAGUACUGUAGCCGACCCCUUCGCAAAGAACUCAGUGCAUUUCUACCCUACCUCUCCGGAAAUGUGGAUGUUCCGGCCUCGACCGACGGGAGCGGACUUCUGGUACGUUCUUACGGACCAAAAGUCGAUCAUUGGUCAUGA